AUGGGUAGAACGAACUGUUCUCAGCAAGUUUCAAACUUGCCCGUGAUGAGUUUUUAUUUUCUUCUCGACACUUAUCUCCAAAAUGGAAAUAGUGCGAGAAGUAAACUCGUACCACACCCGACUGAUGUUCCCAUGAUGAUGGAAACUUCAGUUAACCUGCGAAAAUUCAAGGUGGUCAUUUGUUAA